AGAUGUUUAGGAAGUAAUUGGGAGAAGAAACUAAAAUGACACAGACGCUCUGAUACUAUAUUAGGAUAACAGAAGCACAGCUGCAUUGUUGUUGAGUCAUGGCGACAUAAUGGGUCUCGAGGAGGAACCGCGGACUUUGUGUGUUUCUUUGCUAAGGUUAGCAAAGUUGUGCUAGCUUUAUCCCUCUGUGUUAACGUGGACGUGUAUGCUUGUGACAGCUCGGAGGAAUGUGAGGACUAACUUGGCUUCACAUUCAGCAACCGGAGAGACUAUUUUUAAGUUAACACUCACACUAAAAUCAGUGAUCCGAGAGCUAGUUGUUGGGCUUACCUCGCCGCAGUUACGUUAGCCUGCUCAAUUUUAAGACGGUACAAGUUAAUGAAAUGGUGAUCGGCUGCGUUUACAUCAGCUAUGUGGCAGAGGAGGAGGAGUGGAGCUGCUGCAGCACAACUACAUGAUUGUUCCUCUCUGCUCCCUCAGUCGUGGAGUGCAGUAAAGAGCCAGGACACUGUACAUAUUCCUCAGAGUUCCUCUUUGGUGCUCCUCCUGAGUUGCUGUUCAUCCACAUAAAGAAGAUCAGGCAAUGGGAAGUGAAGAAAGCAGUAAUACAACAUCACAACAAUCCUCAUCUAGUGGGGCACUUAAGGGACAAGAGUCUCAUCAUCUUGAUCCACCUCCACACUCGAGUGAAGACAGAAGUAGAGGUUUGGAUGCAGGGUGCAUAUUGGCUGCUAUGCCUCAGCCUGGCAGGGGCAUCUGCUGUCGUGAAGAAGGAGCAGGAGGCCCAGAAUGCCCUCAAACAUCAUCAAAACAAGGUCGUCACAAUUGGCCACAGCUGGGUGUCCAGCAACUGCAAGCAGCUGGUGGCACUCCUGCGUCGGAAGAAUGUGGUCGUUAGGAAGCUGGCUGCUGCCACAGAUGCUGUUGGAAAAGAUCACACUCUUCCAGAUUCCGAGAGGCUUUUCAAGGUUCACACACUGGAGGUUUUUCAGAAAGAGCUGAAUGACAGUGAAAACCUGGUGUUCCAAGCAAUGUUCAGCCUGCAGAGGGCACUGCAGGGCGACUACAGAGAUGUGGUGAACAUGAAGGAGAGCAGCAGGCAGAGGCUGGAGGCCCUCAGGGAAGCAGCCAUAAAGGUGGAGCAGGAGUAUGUGGAGCUGGUGGCGGUAGAGAAACACCAGCAGGAAGCUGCUAAGAAUGCUUUAGCCCAGAACCAGUCUCUGUCCAUGCUGGACGAAAUCCUGGAGGACGUCCGGAAGGCAGCAGACCGACUAGAGGAGGAGAUCGAUGAGCAUGCCUUUGACAAAAACAAACAGAUGAAAGGAGUGAAUGUCGAGGCAGUUUUGAGAGUGGAGGAUGAUGAGGAAAAAGGAGGGAAGAGGAAUAAUAAAUCCAGGCAGAAUGAAGAGGAGGAUAACCUGGGACUGAGCAUGCUCAUCGAUUCACAGAACAACCAGUAUGUUCUGACCAAACCACGAGACUCCACUAUCCCGAGAGCAGACCAUCACUUCAUCAAGGACCUGGUGUCAGUGGUGAUGUUGUCCUUACCAUGUGGCUGGAUUUGCACUCUGGUUGGUCUUCCUCCAAUGUUUGGAUAUAUCGUCUGUGGGGUCCUGCUAGGUCCCUCUGGUCUAAACAGCAUCAAGUCUAUGGUCCAGGUGGAGACUCUUGGAGAGUUGGGUGUGUUUUUCACUCUUUUUGUGGUGGGGUUGGAGUUCUCACCUGAGCGCCUACGAAAGGUAUGGAAGACGUCCAUUCAGGGCUCGUGCUACCUGAGUCUGCUGAUGGUGGGAGCCGGUUUGUUGUGGGGACAAGUGUUGCAUAUUCGACCCACGCAGACGGUCUUCAUUUCCACAUGUCUGUCCCUGUCCAGCACUCCACUGGUGUCCCGCUUUCUUGCAGGAGGAAGCAGAGGAGACAAGGAAGGUGACUUGGACUACAGCAGUGUUCUUCUCGGGAUGUUGGUGAUGCAGGACGUUCAGCUCGGCCUCUUCAUUGCUGUCAUGCCAACUCUAAUCCAGGCACAGGGUGGAGAGUUGGACAGCCUCUUGUUAGGAAGUGUCCAUGUGCUGUACCUGCUGGCUCAGGUCCUAGCAUCUCUGGCUGCUGUGCUGCUGCUGUGUUUGCUGCUUAAAUCUUCCCUGAUUGGCCCUUUUUAUAAGAAAUUGCACGCUGAGAGUAAAGGCAACAAGGAGAUCCUGGUGCUGGGGAUGGCAGCCUUUGUCUUUUUCAUGCUGACGGUUACUGAUUUUCUAGACGUUUCAAUGGAGCUGGGCUGUUUCUUGGCUGGAGCUCUGCUGUCGACGCAAGGUCACAUGGUCACCACGGAGGUCAUUGGAUGUAUCGAGCCAAUCAGAGACUUCCUCACCAUCAUCUUCUUUGCCUCUAUUGGUCUUCAUGUGUUCCCGACGUUCGUGCUGUAUGAGCUCACCAUCCUGCUGGUGCUAACACUCUCACUUGUCAUCAUGAAGUUUCUCAUGGCCGUGCUGGUGCUGACAGUAUUAUUGCCUCCGGGCUCUCGACACAUACGGUGGAUCGUCUCAGCUGGCCUUGCGCAGGUCAGCGAGUUCUCCUUCGUCCUGGGCAGCCGUGCACGUAGAGCUGGCAUCAUUUCUAGAGAGGUUUACCUGCUGGUUCUUAGUGUCACCACUCUCAGUUUGCUGCUGGCUCCAGUGCUGUGGAGAGUGACCACACACAGAUGGGUUCUGCGAGCUGACCACAAAAGUCCCAUCACCAGACGGUCUUCAGAGCUUCCUCCAUAGUGAAGCUGCAGCAUCGUCAUGAGCAGUGGACGUUAACUCUUAUUUACCACUUCCCCUAAUCUUCUUCUUGAUUUAAGAGACUUACAUCUCUCAUUUCAAGGUUAUCAUCAUCAGCUACAUUUUCACCAGAGGUUCUUAACAGAUGCCUUCAUCAGAUUGCUGCUUGAAGGGAUAUUUUCAUAAAGCACAGAUGCAGAAGGUACACUUAGACCAUUUUUACAAUAAGAGGUCACUCGACACAUAACACACAUGAAUCCCAUUACUCUUCUCACAAACCAGCUUUAAAGCUAUAGUGUAUAACAUUUGAAUAUAAACAAAUUGUUAAAUUCAAACCAUUGUCAAAGUUUACACAAUGUUUCGUUUUUUGUUUACCUUUAUUUAACCAGGCAGGACAGAUGAGGGAGAGGGGAAAAGGGGCAAAUAAUAGUUAACAUCGUUUCUGUUCAUAAAGACCAGAGAUGGAAUAAUAACAUCAACAACAGUCAGCAAAAGUUUAAUGGAGAGCACAAAAAUCUAGAUUUCCUUUCAGCUCAGAUUCUUUUAAUGCACUAAAAUGAUAGAAAACUCUUCUCUGUACUUCUGUUAUUGUUUUUCUUUUACCAAACAUUCACCUUUGCACUUUGAACCUUAAGUUGGUCUUUUCUGUGAAGCACAUGGACCAAAUCUGAGGUAUUGAACUCCACCUCCCGACACUGCUCUUUAUUCCAGCUGGUGAACACAAUAACAAAUCGCAAACAAUAGGGCUGAACAAUUAAUCCUUUUUCAAAUCCAAAAUGCAGUUGGUUAUUAUGCAAUCAAAUGCUGCACUUUAAUAGUAAUAUAUAUUUUUUUAUUGUUAUAUUUUUUUUUUAGGUCAAUUGAAAAAGCAAUACAUAAGAGUUUGAAAGAGUUCACGCUCUCAUACUUGGAUUAUAGUUAAGUUUAUUCUAUUUUUACUUUUUUAUUUUAAAUUCUAUAACACGGAUAAUAUUUACACUACACUACAACAACGUUAUCUUUAGCUGGUAGACUCCAGUGUUGAAUGUUUGUCACAAAGCCAGAUUGUGUCCAUUUGUUUCCCUCCAGACUCUUCCAGUGACUCUCUUGAGUAAGAUGAAGGGAAGUUAAUCAUGAAGUUCUCUCUGGCUGUUUCCAAACUUAAGUUUUGGGGAUUCAAGGAGUGCAGUGACCUCUGACAGUUUGAAUCCAGGGUCCACUAAUCAUUUUUGUUUACUAUAACGGAACAGCUUUUAGAGUUUUUACCUCAAUUCAAAAUUAGCUUAUCAAAAUGAAGUGCAAACCGUUUAUGUGCUGUUAUUUAAUAGAUCAUACUGCUGCACAUUCAGGUACAAUAAGAAACAUGGGAUCUGCCAUUAAUUCACUUGCACUGUUUUCCUACUGAAUGUCAAAUUGUGUGCCUGCUCCAGAGGAAACACUCUGUCUCACUGAGAGGAAUCGCACUGUCAUGUCUCCUGCUGUAAAAUGUUCUUGUUUAAACAUUCAAAUGUUACACUUUCAUAUUGUCUUCACAUGUUUCCUGCAGUAGGUUAACAAGGAAGGUGCUUGAGUUUACAUGUAUGUGUGCUGGAGGUAGUGACUGUCAAAAAUAAAUGAUGUUUCAGUCAAAAUGUUCAUGUAUAAUUAAAUUGUAUAUAUCA